AAAAGAGAAGGAAAAAAUUGAUGAAAUUUUCUCCUUGGAAAAGUAAUAAUAAUUAACUUUAUUAGCAAUUAACUUCUAAACAUAGUGCAACGCAAUAAACAAAAAGUUAUCUCGAGGUGUGAAUAGCAAGAUGAAGUAAGAAAACCGUGUGUUAUAAGACGAUUAUUGUAAAAUCAAUUAUACAUAUAAGGGAAAAAGUAUGUAUGAGUCAUAAAACGAGAGAUAGAUCCAGUAAAAGAAGAAGAAUUCAAGUGCUUAAUAAUUUAUUAGAAUUAUAUCUGAGAUUCCUCAAUGGGCAGUGUGUGGAAGCGAUUGCAACGCGUUAAUAAGCGUGCUGCCAAAUUUCAAUUUACUGUGUCUUAUCAUGAGAUUAAAGUUGAAACGACUUCAAAGUGGCGUCCAACGAAUCUUUAUGUUGUGUGGACGAGAAGAUCACGAAGAGUUGUUUCAACGUCUCUACCAUGGAGUCCCGAUAUGGUCGACCCGUUAGUAGCCAAUUUAAAUUGGCCAGUUCCUGACAAUCAUUCAAUCACUGUGACAUUAUUUAAAGACCCGCGAACGCAUGAGUUAGAGGAUAAAGAUUGGACAUUUGUGCUUGAAGAUUUAUCGCCAAUGGGGAAGAAGAGACCACUGGCAACAGCGGCAAUAAACAUGAGAAAAUACGCGAGUAUUGAGUCAACACAACAAACAUUUGCAAUAACUCUUCGCCCAAUGACAAAGAAGAUCACGUCUGCUGAAAUUGAACUCACGAUUUCCUGCGUAUUUCUCAGAGAAGGAAAAGCGACUGACGAGGACAUGCAAAGCAUGGUGAGCUUGAUGAGCGUAAACAACGCCUCAGACAUAGCACCGUUAGACGACCUUGAAGAUAUUCCCGAUUUAGAGAGUUCCGGUGAUAUAUCAGAGCAUGUCAUUGACUUUACAAACCAAUUAGAACAAUUAACGUCUAGCUUAAAUAGUCCCGAAAUUCAAACACCCAAAAGUGUCCCUUCCAUUCCCGAAGAUCCAACUCCUUUGGCUGAGAUUAAUUCAAAUAUUGUGAUGACUAAAAAUGAAGCAAACAAUGAGAGAAGUGCUGAUAAGCAUGCAAUUGUAACUGUUGCUGAGGUCAAUCAUGUUGAUAAGAUUGAGGAAACAGCUCGAGAAUUAAGUCGAAUUGAGGAAAAAUGUGAUAGAACUGAUGCAAUGAUUCCAACAAGUAAAAUAGGCGGAAUGAGAUUCCCAGAAGAGCUUGAAGCUGUCGCUAAAUUAGAGAAAGAGAAAGAACCGGAAAAGACACUGCUUAAUUCCACACCCAAACCUAAAUCCAAUAAUUUAUUCCAUUCAUUUAACUUUAAAGAUGAGAAACCUGCUCCACUAGCAUCACCAGAACAAAUUAAGUUACCAGAAACUGAAGUCAUAGCUGAGCCACCAAAGCUUGUACAAAAAGCACCAGAAAUUAGAAAAAGAAUUGAUUUACAGCCAUUGAAUUUGAAAAAGAGCUACGAUUAUGAUAACAACAAUAUUAAGAAUGAGGUGAAGAAGGCACCAGAAAUUAAUGAUAAAGAAAAAGAGAAAGAGAAACCAAAAACAGGAACAUUAGGAAGGGAUAAGACACCAGGACAAGACUUACUCGAGUGGUGUAAAGAAAUCACAAAGAAUUAUGAAAAUGUUAAAGUUACAAACUUGACAACUAGUUUUAAAAAUGGAAUGGCAUUUGCAGCCAUAAUAGCACAUCAUCGACCUGACCUAAUCGAUAUGAAUACAUUGGGGCCGUCAGAUAUUAUUGGAAAUUGUAAGAAAGCUUUUGAUGCUGGUGAAAAAUUAGGAAUUCCAAAAGUAUUGGAACCAUCGGAUAUGAGUUUACUUGCUGUACCCGAUAAAUUGGCUGUUAUGACUUAUCUUUAUCAAUUACAUGCACAUUUCACUGGACGUCAAUUAGAAGUUGAUCAUAUUGGACCAACUUCAGAUGAAUCAAAAUACGUACUCGGAAGCUUCAAAAGUGACUCUAUAUCAGCCGGCAGUGAAAUCACUGCAAGUCUUAAUGACAUUAAACAUCAGCUUUUAAUGCAACGAUCAAAUCUUAUAAUAGAGACAGCUCAAAAGUCACCAACGAAAAAGGAAUCAAAGAAUAUAUUUAUGAACGGAUCAAAGAUCGACAGUACAACUGAUAAACCAAUAUUGAUGACAAGACGUGAAUUAAAUGAUCCAUUUGGCUCUGAUGAUGAGGAUGAUCAAAAUAAUAAGAACAACAAGAAAUCUCCACCAAAAGAUUUAAUUUCACCUCCUCCGGUUAUUGAUGAUAAAAUCGUCAAUCGUCAUAAGCAACAGAGUGAGAAAGCUAAAGAACUGAUUGAAAAGCUUCGACCGACAGCUGUUGAAAAUGGCAAACCUAUUGAUCUUGAUGAGAAUGAUCGUCAGACAAGACUUCGAGAACAUGCUAGACGUCUCAUUGCUGAAACAAGAGCCAAAUCCAUCACAUUAGACUCUCCGUCAUCGCCAGUUAGACCACUCACACAAAGAAUCACUCUAUCGCCUGAGAGAACAAUAUCUCCGAUUAACAACAAUGUUACACCAUUUAGUUUUAAUGCAUCUAUGCCUAAAGAUGAGCUACUUAGAGAACAGAGUCCUGCAAGAACCACUCCGCCAAGCGGAAAGAGUCCAUUGCAGAAUCUCAAUAUUUUAGAGAGAAUUUCACCAAAGUCGGAGACUAAGAUCGAAAAGACAAAGUACAUCCAAUCAGAACUCGAUGCACUAGAACGUGAACAAGAGUCGAUUGAUCAAAAGGCAAACGAGUUGGAGAAGAAGCUAAGAGCAGUCAUGGGUGGAAAUAUGAUUGGAAGUGAAACUGAAGAUCAAUUGAUGGCUCAAUGGUUUACGUUAGUCAAUAAGAAGAAUGCACUUCUGAGACGGCAAAUGCAACUGAAUAUUUUGGAGCAAGAAAGUGAUUUGGAACGUAAAUACGAUCUCUUGAAUCUCGAACUUCGAGCUGCUUUAUCGAUAGAGGAUUGGCGCAAGACAGAAGAGCAACGCGAACGUGAAAAAUUACUCCUUGCUGAGCUCGUCUCGAUAGUCGAUAAGAGAAAUGAAUUGGUAUUAAAUCUUCACAGUCAGGAACAGGCGAUCGAGGACGACGAAGAUAUUCAAACGAAACUCAUGAACGUUGACAUAAGUCAGAAAGAUAAGUGUUCGAUUAUGUAAAGCACGCAAAUUUACAGGCACACAUUUUAAAUUAUUUGUUUUGGAUCCUCAGGACUUAGCAUCCUCAACACCUCUUGUUCCUUUUUUUCAUACAUAAGAAACAAAAAUAGAACUUCUACAAUGAUGACUUAUAGACUAAACAAAUUAUAAGCUUGAUUACACUUAACGCAGCGCGUAGAUAUCUUCUUUUUUUUUUAAACUCUGACCUACACUAUAAAAUGUAUGCUUAAUAGUAUGAUGACCUUACAAAGACACGGUAGAUAUUACACAUAGACAAAACCUACACAAACCUUUUCUAUUCACAAUAUGGUAAAAAUAAAUAUAUAAAAAUUAAUAUAUACACAAAAUAGAUUGAUGACAAAGAAAUAUUUAGGGGAGGCUUGGGAUGUGGUGUUUGAAUGGAGUUUGCUAGGCUAAUCUUGGGAUUAGGUAGGAGUAUAAAGUGGUUUGGAGUAACUUCUUAUAGGUAUUCUCUAAUGUUGUCACUAUUCUAACCUAUAAGACACUAGUCUAAUAACCUAAUCCUGUCCUAUACUACAUUACCUAGUGAUCGAACUAGGAUCUAAUCCUAUGCUAUGCUAGGGUACCUCAAAAUCUCACCAAUAAGACCAUGAACCUACAUCAAACCUCCUCAAAACAAAGGUUUCAAAUCAAGCAUCAGAAAUUUCAAUUUAAAUCCCAAACAAACUCCAUCCAACUCUACACCAGCAUUUGAUACUACAAAAAAAAUAAAUUAAAAAUUGCUUACAGACUAUGAGUGAAAUUAGUUUAUGCUAUACAAUGUACUUUUUAUCAACGACUUAUCUACAUAAUUAUUAGGAAAAGGAAGUAACUGAUACUCGUGAAGGAAACUAUUUUCACGCCUUACUACUUCUCUUUUUUUGAUUUCUACUCUAUUAUGCUCAUUUAACUUUAGAUUAAAAAAGGAGAUAUGCAAAAAAUAAUGAAUCACAAAAUAAAUUUGCACGUAAAAAAUGAAUCACAGGUCGAAGACAUUGCCGUGUUAAAUCACACACGUUUAUUAGAUGAGUAAAAUAAGAAAUUUGUAUCAAAUAAUUCAAUGGCAAAAAAAUAAGGUUUUUGUGCUUAUUGUGACUUUAGAUGAAGCAAAAUGAAAUUUUUUUUGGUUCCCUUAAAAAAGAAGGGGGAAAAUUCUAGUCAUGGAAUUUAAAUUAUGACAUAAAUAUGUGUUAUAUAAAUUUGAUAAUUUUCUUCUAUAAAC